GAAAUACAACAAUGGAUUUAUUGCAUCAAUGUUAAGGAACAAUUUGAUGUAUGUUUCAUUAUAACUUUAGGCACUCAUAUUUAGUCGACAGGGAUACAAUAUUUCAAGCACGCAGUGUUCUGGGGCUGCAUAUUAUCUUUUGCGGGUGCUAGCUAUGCUCUCAUGUUCCGUGAUAAUUUUUUACUCUGCAAUAGAAAUUGGUCCAUACUCACUGUAUAGAAAGAAGGUGAUCUCUGCAUUCAAACUAAAAUAAAAAAUUGUUAGGUCCUGGUACUCGUUUCCAAGGAAAAAAUGAUGAAUUGUCUCUUGCAAGCCAAGCUUUUUUAAAAAAGCCACCAUUUUGUUUAUGUUUUGUAUGUGCACGCUAAUGACGCGAAAAUCGUGCGCCGUAGAGAUGCGCAAUGUAAUUCUGAGGAAUGACCUUAAUUGGAAAGUCAUUGUUGGUUUUUGUUACUUACAACAGGUAACUUAGCAUCUGUUAAAGAUUUACUGGACCUUGGUGAAGUUGACAUCAAUGCCAGAGAUGAAGAUGGUGCAACACCAUUGAUGUACGCUGCUAUGGGUGGACACUACACAAUAGUGCAGUUACUGAUACAACAUGGUGCAGAUGUCAACAAGCACGACAAGGGCAGUGGCUGGACAGCACUGAUGCAAGCAACUUACUACAGGCAUAAAGCUGUUGCUAAGUUGCUGAUUGACUCAGGAGCUAACGUCAACAUCCAAGAAAAAAAUGGUUGCACAGCCUUUGAUGUGGCCAGCAUUAUAGGUGAUACAGAGAUCCUACGUCUCUUAGCUUCGGUCAGCAUGCACGUUCCAGCCACUCCUAAGAGUUAUUAUAGUUCUUCAAGUCUUCAAGAUAGAAAAGGAAAGGCUGAUUUUAAGAGUUCCAUAAGUGACUUAAAGAAAGAUUUUUCAAAACUAGAUAGUGAUCUUAUAACAGACACUGGAAGGAAGAACUGGUGGUCUAAAGUGUCAAGCAGAUUCCGGAACCUUAAUAUUGGCCGCACUCUGAAGGUGCCCUCCAGUAGUAAGCUCCGUUCUUCCAAGAGUACAGAGAGCCUCAGUGAUCAAGAGACUGACUCGGGUCUCAGCACUUCACAUGGCAAUAUAAGCACUGAAUCUGCUGUAACGUUGAAGUCACUGGAUUCAGUUAUUACAGAAUCUAAUUUAAAAGACACGCGUCUUAAUCGAAAGAGGCCACCAACUCUGGCAUUGGUGUCGCAUGACAGCAAACUACCAGAUGAUGUCAUCACUCCUGUUUUACCACCAAUUGUUCCCUCUCCUUCAUUUCCAUUGCCAAGAAUACAACGUGUACAGCGUGGUGGCAGUCUGGAGAAUCAGUCCACAUCACAGGGACCAGUACCCAGUCUUUGCGUGAAUGGCCAGUCCAUUCCAGAUGUUCAUGAAAAGUAUUUUGAAGAUGACCUGGAUAACAUUAGCAGUGUCAGUGCUUACCCAGCUUACAGAUCGCCAAUGCUAAAUAAAAGCAAGAACUUCACUGGAAGUCCUGAGUCUUCAUACUCCACAGCAAGCUUCCACUCAUCUGCAUCUAACAACUCAGGCUCAAAGACAUUAAGAGCUUCAAGUCCUGCCGCAGACUUCAACCCCAUGUCUGCCAUGUCUUCUUCCUUAUGGCACAAAACAGGAAGAGGACACGCCAUUUCUCCGUCUCCAACUCUCAUGACAAUCAGAUCAGCAUCAGAAGGGGGUGCUUCUUUACAAAAACAAUCAAGCUACUCAUCUUUACAAGGCCAUGCAGAUGAGACAAAUGGAACUUUGCCUCAUUCAAGAAGUCAAUACCCCUUUAUUAAUGACUUUGACUAUGGUGAAGGUGACCUUGAAAAUUUACUGAAGAAGCUAUCAUUAGAAAAGUACCAACCAAUAUUUGAGGAACAGGAGGUUGACAUGGAGGCUUUUCUAACGCUGAAUGAUAGAGAUCUCAGUGACCUUGGAGUCACACACAAGGAUGCCAGGCAACAGAUUCUUGCAGCCAUUUCUGAACUCAACAGUGGCAAGGAUCGUGAGAGGCAACAUCUCCAUGAAACACUGUCUGGUUACCAUAGCAGCAAAUCACAUGGUACUAGUGGUUAUAGUUCUGUUUCCCCUUCAGCAAGUGGAAAUCUUUCUCACUGGCCCUUAAAACAGCCACCUUAGUCAUGGACAGGGAUAAUUUUUUUAUUUGUAUAUUAAGUAUUAACCAAAAAAUGAUAUUUUAUAGUUACUGUAAUGCUUUAAAGGGCUGUGCCCUCCAGCAUCAGGCUUUAUUUGCAGGCAAAAGUUUUAAUUAACACUAAUGAUAAAGGUAUUAAUUAUUAUAUUAUUACAGAGAAGAGGUCUCAAACCUUUUUAAAUGGCUGAAGUAUAUUUAUUGGUAGUUAAGUAUUAUUGAAGAUAAAUUAAAUUAAUGUCAUGUUAAAAUUAAUUACAAACAUUGUUCAGUCAGGGAACAAAAUGCUUGGCUUGGACCGAGUUCAGUCUUGAAA